AGUGAAUAAUUUUCAUGGUAGGUUUAUUUUUCGAAAGUCAACUUCAGUGUAGGCACAUAUCAAAAAAUCUUGGCUACAAAGUAUCUACUGACAGUUUCAAGCGGUAUUGCGUAAGAAGAAAAGAUGGUUCAUUAAACACACAUUGACCUUUUGUCAAUAGCGGGGCAUGUUGUCACACUAUAAGUUACAGUGAAACCUGUUUAUUAGGCAAUUUGAGCCUUUUCAGCAAAACAGUACAACAACAAUUAAGUAAUAUGUAGUGGAAUACAUUUAAAAAGUAACCCUCCCAACCCUGACAGCAUCACUGCCAUGGCACCCCUGUUUUGGGUUUUGUACACAUAAGGAGACAAAAAGGUAUGUUUUUUUUGUUGCUAGAUGAACAAAACAUAUGAAUGUACCUUUAAAAGUACACAAUAGGUCCUAAAGGUACAAUUAUGUACCCAAAAUGAGUUUAACUUGAGUGUGUUGGUACCACCCCAGUGACAGCCAUUGCACCCCUUAAAGGAGUUAAGUUCCAGUGAGGCACUUGCAAUGGAAGUGAAUGGGGCUAAUUCGUAAAAGUCACUGUUUUAAAGGUUUAGCCAUACAAUAUAAACUUUAUACAUGUUAGCAUGAUUUAGUGUGAUAAAAUCGCUUACUAAUCUUAUCUGUAUAACCUUAUCCUGUUGACAUUACGACGUAGCGUCGUAAACCAUAAAAAAAAAGAUUUUGCAGCACAAAUAAUACACAAGUUUCAGCAGAAGAAUUAAUGUAAGUGCUUUUAUAAAAUUAUAAUCUUCACAUUUCUGCCUUUAAACCCUCUAAAAAUUGGUCCCAUUCACUUCCAUUGUAAGUGCCUCACUGGAGUUUGGUUUUUGCAUAUGGAUUUUCCUCUGCAUUGAUGUUUGGCUGGUCCAACUGUAGUCGUUACCAUCAUCAUCAUCAUCAUCAUCAUCAUCAUAACAGUUAAGCUGCGCGCUCGCAGUAUACCGCCUCGCGCCUGUCUCCUUGACACACCCUUCGCUUUAGUUGGCACAGUACGCGAGCGCGCGACAGCACUGACAUUCCCACACGCGCGUUCAGCUGCACGGUGGAAUCUUUCUCACCGUGGAUGAGUAAAAGGGAAAGGCUAUUGCCGAGAAAGGACGAUGCACAAACGCUGAACAGAGUGCAGAAAAACACGUUCGCGCAUCCCCAUGUAGAUGCUCGGAGGACCGCACGUAUCUCACACACUCUGCGCAUCCACACCGUUGUGGAUAAAUGACAGACAGUUGUCCAAAGCGGUGCAAAAGAUUCGAGGAAGGUGAGGACAGCAUGCUGCAUGUGAGAAACGCUUGCUGCUGAGUUGCGCGGAUGUUGGAAACAUGGAGAAACGGGCUCUCGUAACGGCGUUCAGCUUGUCCAUGAGCCUGCUCGCGCUCAUGCUGCUGGUCACUGCGAUCUUUACCGACCACUGGUACGAAACCGACACCAGGAGACACAAGGAGAACUGCGACCGGUACGGCUCCGAGUCCAACGACCAGAAGAACAGGGAGAUGCCCAUCUAUCACCUGCCUCUGGUGGACGGAGGCAAUUCCAAGCGCAACCUGGCUCUCAUGAAGCCCAUCCAUGUAGGGAGUCGCGAGGAGGAACUGCUGGAGAACUGGAGGGCCAUUUUGGGCAUGGGCAUUCUGGAGACGGAGUGCGGGCGCCCGCUCUUCUCCACCUUCUCUGGACUUUGGAGGAAAUGCUACUUCCAGGGCAUGGACAGGGAUAUUGACAAACUCGUUUUGAAGGGUAUUGCAGAACGAUGCACAUCUGUCAAGUACCAUUUCUCCCAACCCAUUAGACUCAGGAACAUCCCUCUCAACCUGACAAGGACCAUACAGCAGGACGAGUGGCACCUCUUACAUCUGCGGCGCAUCACGGCGGGUUUCUUGGGCAUGGCUGCUGCCGUAAUGCUGUGUGGAAGUAUUGUGGCCGCCGUGGGGUUUUUCUGGGAGGAGAGCCUCACCCAGCAUGUGUCUGGACUCCUGUUCCUUAUGGAAUCUUUUGCACGAUUUCACUGUGCACCUACGCAGCGAGUGUCUCCUACGACCUCUCCAGGAACCCUCCGUUUAUCUAUGGUUUGCCUAGUGACGUGGACCACGGUUACGGAUGGUCCAUCUUCUGUGCUUGGGUCAGUCUGGGCCUUACAGUGGCAUCCGGUUGUGUCUGCACAACUUACCCCUUCCUGAGCCGCACAAAGGCCCUUCGCUCCAAAACGGCAAGGGAGUCAUCUGUGUGAGCACCCCUUAGUGGCUUGGAGGACAUGUUAAUCAGCACUUGGCGCUUUAGUAAAUGGAUUGAAGUAUACACUUUUCUUUGAGGACUGUUUCAGUGAGACAUGGGACUUCAUGCCUUGGAGCAAUGUUGAAUGUCUUGUAGAUUUCUGAUACCUUUGUUGAGGUCUUCUGGAUAAUGUUGAUGUUAUACAGAAUGAAAGACAAGGCAGAUGUUUCGCUUGUUGUUUUCUACACACAGAAAAAUCACUUGCACACACACACACACACACACACACACACACACACACACACUAAUCACAAAUAUAGAGUAUGUGUGACUAUCAUGAACAAAGCCUUUCAUUUGAAAAGGGUAUGUGUAUGUUUGUGGGUUGUUGCGAUGCAAUCAUUCUGUGGAUCAGGUGCAUAUUCUACACAGAAAGGAUCUGAGCCAAUUUUUUAAAUGCAGUAUAUUUGAAAUUUAAGUGUAAUGCUCCAGUUAUUGUCAGUAUUUUUAUUUAUAUUAUUAUUUUAAGUGCAGGUCCCCAGUUCAGCCUUAGGCAGAGCUGGCACCGCCAUAGAUAUUAAAGGAACAUUCUGGGUUAAGUUAAUUGAGUUAAGCUCAAUCGACAGCAUUUGUGGCUUAAUAUUGAUUACCACAAAUAUUAAUUUCAACUCAUCCCUCCUUUUCUUUAAGAUAAGCAAAAAACUGGGUUACAGUGAGACACUGAUGCCAUGAUGAUGUCAUAAACCCUAAAACUCUCAAAUGACCAUAAAACCGAUGAUUUAAACAAGAUUUAAACUUCUUUUUAACAGAAGAAUUAAUGUAAGUGCUUUUAUAAAAUUAUAAGCUUCCUAUUUCUGCCUUUAAACCCUCCAAAAAUGGGUCCCAUUCACUUCCAUUGUAAAUACAUAACGUUUUAAAAUAAAGAAAAGAUAAUCAGUAUUAUACCACAAAUGCUGUCGAUUGAGCUUAACUUGUAUUGAAUAUUCCUUUAAAGGGAUAGUCAUCAUACAGAUCUUAGGCAAUUUACUUUUUGGGUGAACUAUCCCUUUAAGGAGAUCCCCCCCAGACUUGAAUAUUUACAUCCUUGUCUUUAGGAUUUGGUUACUCACAUCAAGCAUAGCUAUAUCUACCAUGUGCAAACGGAUACGAGUAACCACUGGUUUAAGAGAUGAUGUUUCAAAUGAAAACCUAAACCUAAACCUAAUCUAAAGAAUUCAAUCAGGGAUGAACAGAGCGCUUUAUGUCAACGAUGUCAUCACAUCAGACAAAUGUAAAGAGGCAUGAAUGCAUAUACUGUACAUCACCUUUGGGUAACAGCUGGUGGCCAUUAUUCAAAAAGACAGAAAAAUCAAAGAGGUGCAAGAAGUCAGAUCUAAAAUGUCUGACUGGAUGAUACAUCUCUGAAGAUCCAAAACAUGGGCCACCACUAGUAGUGCAAUCGUAAUGUGGGAGCAUGCUCAGAGUGAAUGCCUUUGAAUCUACCAACCUCACUCAUCAUUACUGGAGAAUAUGGGUAGUCCUCUUCAUUUUACGAUCCCUUCUGAAGGAGCUGAGCUGAUACUAAAAUGGCGAGAGGACUGUAUUAACUGCUGGAUGUCAUUUUCCAAACUGAGCCAAAACAGUAACAUACUGUAUCCCUGAAACUGUACUGUUUGCCUCAAAACCUCUCUUGUGUUCCUGAAAGUGUAUCAUAAAUACAACAUUAUAAUGAUGAAAUAAAGGUCUAUGAUGAAAUAGUUUUUAUGGAGGGAUGGCGCUGUUUGGGACUGUUUUGUGUUUUUAUAUCUGUCAGACAUACGGCCAGGGCCGUAGCCACUGGGGUGGAAGGUGGUAACGAUUCUAGGGGCCCAGAGCAAUAUAUAGUCAGUGGGCCCAGAAUUUCUUGCUACGGCCCUGCAUACGGCAGCCUGUUUUCUGCUGCCUUUUCUCACAGAACACUAACUAGGCAAAAAUAUUAAACAAUAGCAUGAUUUCAUCUGCAUUAAACAGUUGUGUAAGAUUUAAAGGGAUAGUGCACCCAAAAAUGAAAAUGAUGUCAUCAUUUCCUCACCCUCAUGUUGUUUCAAACUUCCGUGGAACAAAAACGGAGAUGUUUAGCAGAAUGUCCUGGCUGCUGUUUUCCAUAUAAUGAAAGUAAAUGAGGACUGGGGCUGUCAAGCUCCAAAAAAGCAUGAGUAUCAUAAAAGUAGUCCUUUUAAUUUGUGCACUAAAGUCCAACUCUUCUAAAGCUUUGUGCGUAAAUAAUGACAUAAUUUAUAUUUUUGGCCAAAUAGUCUUUCUUGGUAGAGCAGUUAAUUAUGAGCAUCAAAAAACCUGUUAAUUAACAAAUAACGUGUGUGGCUCGUUGAUGAUUAUUAAAAAAGAAAAGAAAAAAAAGUUGAGUCAUAUUUGACAUCCCAUUCAUCCGCCCAUAUCCGCUUUGUAUAGAUAACAAAAAUCUUUGAUAAAGUAUAUUUUGAAUGAAUAUGAAACAACCCACUAAAGUUACAAAUCAAACUUUCAUUAUACUUACACAAGAGGGAGCCACAUUACCACCAUUAAACACACAAAGCCUUGUCUAAACCCUAUAUUAUUUUAUUUGGUCUGUAGUGAGGACAUAAGGAAAACAAAAAUAGAAAAAAGAAGACAAAACUCAAAUGCUACAAUAUAUUCAGAGUAGAAAGACUGUAAUAUUAGCUAUCAUACUGAUGACAUUCAUCAAUAUGAAAUCUACAGGUACUGAGCACAAGCGAGGGAAAACUGCUUCAACAUAAUUGUAAACGUGACUAAUUCUAGAUUACAUAAACAGUGCCAUCACCCGUGCGUUCAUCUGGGAAAUAAUUCAAAGUAAUAUACAGUAUAAUGUUUAGAAGCCCAUUAAAUUAAGGCAGAUGCCUUAUUGAAACUUCCAGUGGUCCAAAAUGUGUUGUCAGAUAUGACGAUGGUACAAAUCAAAUGUGGGAUAUUCACACUAUUAGGCUCAUAACACUUGAAAUUAUUUACUCAUUUCUGGGUUAUCUUUUUCCACGUUACAUCACAAGCAGAGCUUCAAAACAUAUGGGUUUUAAGCGGUGCAUUCCCCUUUCAAAAUUACAAGUGUGAAACGAUAGACCAUUUCAAGAAUGUAAAUAAAAACAGAGGAAUUAGAACGGUCCAAAUGUAUUUCCGGAUCCUUUCAACAAAGUUUCUUAUUUCAAUGCAAGUCAGUCCACUCGGCGACUGUUUUUGGAACACUCUUGAGCAGUUUGGGCCAGGGGCUCAAACUGCUCAAACCGCCAGGCUUCUGCACCCCCAGGACAGAAGCCUGGCGCCCCAUGUGCCCUCCUUGGUUGGACGAUAUAACACUCGCACCCCACCCCCAGUCAGACGGAAUUUUGGUGCCACCCCAGACUGAUCAAUGUACCCUGCCCGGCCCUCCUGUGAAAAAAUCCUGACACUGCCCCUGGUUUGAGAAGCUAUUGGUCGAUGUCAACAAGCAUCAUGACAGUGCAGCUCCUAUCUACUUGAAUGGGGAGAGACCGAAAUCUCCAAAACAGUUGGUCAAGAUUACGAUAAAAGAACAUAUUUCAAAUAAGCAGUCAAAUUUUCUUGGUCUGAGGCACGUGGGGCAGCAAGUUCACACGAGUGGCACGGCUUCCCUUGGCGUCGGUUGCGAAGUGCACUCCAAUCCCCGGUGUUGCAUCUAACUCGCACCGGGGUUCCAGGGUGUGGGUCAGGCAACGCAUCUAACUUGCACCGGACUCUCCCCGCUCCGUUCCUGGACCUGCGAAUAUGCCAGGAGAAGCGUGCUUGGUGUUUCAAGGCAGCGGUGUAUAUUCUAAGCAGGUAAUGUAAUGUUUAAGGUAUUACAAUUGGUUAACGAUAUGUUCAAUAUCAAAACAUUUUCUCGUUGAUAUUUUUUUCUUAAUACUAAAAACUAGAGACAGACAUAUGACCUGAUCGUACACAUGUACUGAAACUGUACCAGAGAGACUGGAGACAUCUCAGAGUCCAGGAAAAAUACAAAAUACAUCUUUAGGACACACACACACAACAUACUAUAAUACAUUUUAUAUUAUCUUAGAUUGUCGACAGUAACUGGCUCCUAAUGGGAUUUUUUUUUCCAUUGAAUCUAGAGUAACAAGACAAAAGGUUACUCACUGGUCAUUCAUUUUUGUGUUGUUUUUUGAAAUAAUGUUGUCUUAGACAUUUGAAUUUUAGACAUCGUUUGAAUCAAGCUGAAUCUGCUCUUGUACCAUAUUACAAAGACAAAGUUCUUUCAGCCAACCAAAUCAAUACCAUUUCCAAAAGUAUGAUUGCAUUAUUACCACACUACAUUUUAUUCCUCAAAUCUUUACAAAUUUGCCAAAAACAUUUAUGCAAAAUUAAAGUGAUAAUUCACCCAACAAUUAAAAAUUAUCUCAUCAUUUACUCACCAUCAUGCCAUCCCAGAUUGAUCUAUCUAUCUAUCCAUCUAUCUGUCUGUCCGUCCGUCCCUCCAUCUAUCUGUCUGUCUGUUUGUCUGUCUGUCUUAUCUAUCUAU